AUGGACAGCCCCCUCGUCUCUCCCGCCAAAGCGCGGCAAGCCGCCAUCCAAGCAAAGGACUGGGCCUACGUGAACUCCUGGCUGAGUCGUCAAUAUGCCCCGAAUCCAGUCCCCAGCUUCGAGCGAAACGAAGACACCCUGCGAACGUUACUUGCAUUGGCAGCCGCCAACGAUACGGCCGAUGAGGAGGCAGCAUUGAUCCACCAUGCCCGCGAACAAACAGUCCAGGGGUUCAAACGCCGGGAAGAGGCGGAGGAUAAGCAGAAAAGAGAAAUCCUGGAUGAAGUCGAGCUGUCUCUUGAUGAAAAUGGCACUCAGAAUCUAGAUGAUCUGGCGGAAACCACCGCUGCUCUGGGGGCUUUGAGCACCGACACCAGGGGCCUAGGCCUAUCGAUAAUCCAGCUUACAAAGGAGGAAUUUGGCGCCCAGGAACAGUUGUCCAAAGUCGAGACGCUACACAAUUAUUUGGAGAGAGAAUUGGAAACCCUGCGCGAACAACUCGAGGAAUUGAAGUCCAACAAGGCAUACGAGAUACCCUCCGACCUCCCGGCGCUGACAUCAGAGUGGUCGAGAAGCACGAAGAUGCUCAACACGAAAGUUGCCGAGUAUAAUGAUAGGAUCAAUUCCCUGGAGAAGACAACGCAUAAAGGGCCUACGUUGGAUGAUUUGGCGGGCGAAGAGAAAGACGUGACAAAACUCAUGCAAACGGUCCAGAUGCUCGAGACGAGAAUCCAGAUGUUUCAUGAUCUACCGAAAGAUAUACAAGGGGCACGGGCAAAGUACAAAGAGCUGGAACGGGAGCUGGAUAGGCUAACGCAGCGACGAGAUUCCAUGUUCGAAAAUCUCGUG